UUGGUCCGAAAAUUAAAUAACAAAAAGAAAAAAACAAACGAUCAAGGAGGCGGCGGGGGGAAGUCGAAGAAGAUGACGCGAAUGAGGAUAUCAAUGUCCAUGAUGUGUCUGGUCGCAUUCUUCAUUUUCAUAGGAAUCUUAUCGUUAGCUAAUAGCAUCGAGGAUAAAUGUCUCGCCUGCAAAGCCGUGGCGGAGGAGCUAGAACGUGGACUUUCUAAUGAAAGGCCUCGGAAUCAUUUAGAUAUGAGGCACCGCUUAGACUCCAAGGGCCAGCGUGUAGGAAAGGUAAUUGAUUACAGAGUCAGUGAGCUAAGGGUGGUUGAACUUCUCGAUGAGCUUUGCGACAAGAUGCAAGACUACACACUGAAGAAGAUAGAUUCAAAUAAAUAUGAAUGGUUCAAAGUGAAUAGCUGGGAUAACAUAACAAAUAGACAAGAAGCUCGGGCACAUUCCAAAGAUAUAUCUUCAUACUGCGGAAGAUUACUGGAACAAACAGAAGAUGAGUUGGCCGAAUUUAUAAAGGAAGGAUCUGUUGAAGUGGGAGAUGUGAGCAAGGUUCUUUGUGAAGAUUUGAGCAAGCACUGCAGUCAGACAAGUGCUUUACGUCGGGCAGAGUUCGUUGAUGGAGACGAUGGAGAGCUCUAAAACCCUGAAAAUCUGGGUAGCUGGAAACAUCUGCUGUUCUACAAUUGGAUUUUGCAGAAACAAACUAAAGUUGAUGUCCGUUAGCUAAAAUUGGAUUGACCACUUUUUCCUCCCUGUCGUAAUCACUUUUCAUUUUAUUCACACAUCCAACUCUGACGUGUAAUGAUCUAUACCUUCAUUUUUGAACGUGUGGACAUAUGGUAUCUAUCUUUUUGGGAUCACCUGCAUACUUGGAAAA